AACCCUCUACCAGAGAUGUAAAACGUUGCACGGAACUAAACGCAGAGGCGAGGUCUUUUUUCACAUAGGUAGUUGACGUAGAACAGGAAGAACUGGUCGACGGAAAAGUUGCGUGUGAAAGAUGUUCUAAAACAUAGCGGUCAGGUCACGUUUAAUAGCGAACUGGACUUUUUUCCGAGGACAAAAUACAGCCAGAUAGGCUACUGAAUGUUAAUACUAGUGUACACUCAUCCAUUCGCCCACUGGAGUCUACGGCACACCAUUCGACAGGGUUUUCCUCCUGGCGUUCUCUGCACUUGAAAUUGUACUUCCGCAUAGGCUACAAUGUUUUUUUCCACCAACACUCAACUUUCGAACAGGAAACCUUAUUAGAGGCUUACCCGACCGUUUGUGCUUCUUAAGAGGAGCUUGAGUGACAGGCGCCGGCUCCGCCUACUCUGUUCCCGCCAUGGACUACGAGGACUACAACGGGCAGGGGCAUUGGGCUGCCCAGAGUGCCAAUCCAGCCAUGAGCAUCAUCGGGGCAGAAGAUGAGGACUUUGAAAAUGACCUGGACCCUAUGGUGGAUGACAGCUGUACCACCUUUAACAGUAUGGAGCUGCUGAAGAGCAGGCCUACCCACCUGCUAGUCUUCCUGCAACACGUCAUGCUGCAGUUUGACUGUGCCCCAGUGCUCUGCUACCUACAUGCUGAUCUCUUCAGGAAUCUGAGUGCCAAAGAGACCAAGAAGCUCUUUGUGGACUUCUACAAUAACUUCCUGGACAAGGGAGCAAUCCUCAGGGUAUCGGUACCUCCUCAUAUCAGCUAUGAAUUGGACCGUACCAGAGCAGACCUCAUUCCAGACGAACAGCAGAAGCGCUUUGCACAGGAAGUGCAGUCGGUGCAGGUCCCAGAGCUGGCUCGGCAGCUGGAGGACUUCAGGCAGAAGAGGAUGAUGGGAAUGACGCCUAACGAGCUGGAGCUGCAGGAGGUAGAGAACCACCACUCCACAGACCGCAUCCCCACGGAGAUGAAGGAGAAGGCCGUCGGAGAGAAGCUGCUCGAUGCCAUGGCCGAGAUGCACCCAACGAUCGUGGCCGACGAAGAGAAAUGCACCGCCAUCUUCUCCGCCGUGCUGUACUACAUGAAGCACCUGGGGGUGAAGACCAGGGCCACAGACAGCAAGAAGUCCCGGGGAUUCUUCCGCAAGAAGGACAAGAAGGAGAAGAAAGAAGAGCCCAAGGUGUCCAAGCCGAGGACCGUACUCCCCAGCAUCCUCAGAGAAGCCGAGAGCUGGAUGAGAGGGGGAGGAGGUGAUAUCAAACCACCUAGAUUGGACAAUGAAGGUGAUAAGGACAAGUCCCACGAGAGGAAAGGCUCCAGUGGCAACGCCCCCUCUCGUGGCCUGGCCCCCGACAAUAGCGCCGCUUCCUUAUCCGGCAGCCGCAAGUCGGGCUCCACGGGCUCCAACAGCCAGGCCAGCUCAGACAUCAGCGAGGCCUCCACCAUCAACAUCAGCGUCAUCCCCAGCCCCGACAGCAUCGGGCCGACAAGCAGCCGCUCGGACUCGCAGUCGGUGUCGGAGGGGGGCGAGGUGUCCCCCGCCAGCCAGCCGGGCGCCUUCCCCUGGGACGCCGCGGGCACCAGUCCCAGCGAGACGGCCGUGGAGGAGGCCCAGGACAAGGACAGACACAAAGCCUCAAGGGAUGUGAAGCGCAGUACGAGCAUGCGCGUGGAGCGCCGCCCGUCUUCUCGCCGGAGGUCGGGCCGCCAGAAGCAGUCUCGCUCUCGCAGCGACGUGGACCUGCAGACCGCCGCCGUCUCCCCCGCCACCUCACCCCCCCCCUCACCCUCCCCCCGGCCCCGCCUCUUUACUGACGGAAGUCUGCCGGUACCCGAGGUGGCUCCCGCUGGCUCCGCCUCUGGUCCCUCCCCCCAGCUGAUGGAGGAGAUGGAGCCCCGCCUCCUGGAGCUGGAGCAGGACCCGCCCAACUGGAGGGAGCAGGCCGACCCCCGGGAGCUCAAGGAGCUCAACAAGAAGGAGACCAAGAGGCAGGAGGUCAUCAACGAGCUGUUCAUGACAGAGCAUGCUCACGUGCGCAUGCUGAACGUGCUGCAGAACAUAUUUGCGCGGCCGAUGGAGAGGGAGGGGCUCAUGCACCCCGACGAGGUGGCCGCCAUCUUCCCCGGCCUCGACGACAUCAUCGAGUUGCACAAUACCUUCUAUGAGAACCUGAAGAAACUGCGUCUGGAGGACAACUACAUCGUCAAAUCCAUCUCCUCAACGCUCCUCAGCAGAUUCAGUGGGCCCGAUGGAGAGUUCUUCCAGAAGCUCUCGGCACGCUUCUGCAGCCACCAGUCCUGGGCGCUGGAGCAGAUCAAGAGCAAGAAGAAGGACCCUCGCUUCAACACCUUCAUCCAGGAGGCAGAGAGUCGUCCCCAGUGUCGGCGCCUGCAGCUGAAGGACAUCAUCCCCAUCGAGAUGCAGCGCCUCACCAAGUACCCACUGCUGCUGGAGAAUGUGGCCAAGAGCACAGAGAAGGAGGAGGAGAAGCACAGUAUCCAGCAGGUAGCCGAGGCCUGCCGCAAGAUCCUCAACCACGUCAACGAGGAGGUCAAGAGCAUGGAGAAUCUACUGACCUUGAAAGACUACCAGCGGCGGCUGGACACCUCAGGGCUAAAGCCUAGCAAUGAGCUCUACAUGGAGUACAAGUCUAUUGACCUGACGACCAGGAAGAUGUUGUACGAGGGGCCUCUCAUCUGGCGGGUGACCAAGGAGAAAGCUCUAGAUGUGCAGUGUGUGUUGCUGGGUGACCUCCUGGUGCUGCUCCAGAAGCAGGAUGACAAGAUGCUGCUGAAGUGCCAGAGCAAGAGCAACGUGGUGCAGGAGGGCAAGCAGAUGCUGAGUCCUAUCAUCAAGCUGGAGUCCGCCUUCCUCAGGGAGGUCGCCACAGAUCGCAAGGCCUUCUAUGUGAUCUUCACUUGGGAGAGUGGUGCCCAGAUCUAUGAGCUGGUGGCCCAGUCUAUGCAGGAGAGGAAGAGCUGGCAUGACAUGAUCAAGUCGGCAGUGGACGACUUCAAGACGAGCGGGGGAGGGUCGGCUCUGGAGAGGGCGCGCUUCGGCAGCAUCAUACCCGGCAGCCCCGCCGUCCCACUCAGCCCCUCAACCUUGCAGCCUCCUCUCAGCCCAACAGAGAACGGAGACUCUUCCAAGAUCAGCGGUGAUGGUGAGAAGGAUCUGAGUGCCCACGACAAGAGUGGCGACGUGCAUGCCAUGCUGAUGGACUACCUCUCUGCCCACGGCUACGACCCCAUCGGACACUGCAACAGCCCCCAGGAGAAGAUGGCGGACCACAUGAUAGACGAACUCAUGUCCCUGAAGAGGCUAUUGGUGGGCAGUAUCAGCCUAUCAGAAGACUCCCACGUCGAUGGUGAGAAUGGAGGGGCGGAGCCAGAGGGACAGGAUGAAAUUGAUGGCCGUCAAUCGGCAGUAGAUGGCGAGGAGCCUGUCGCUGACGGAGAGAAGGAGGACGGAGGUUCAGAGAGCGGAGGGGAUGGAGGUGCGAAGGGAGAGGGAGAGGAGAAGCAGCAGCAGCAGGGGGAGCAGGAGCAUGAGGAGGAGCAGGGGGGCAUCAGCGCCCCCAUGGUGCUCUCCCAGGAGAGGCUGGAGGAGGUGCGACACCGACUGGAGCUCAUGGAGGACAAGCUGAGAAAACUACAGAGUGUUGAAGAGUCAUACCACAAGUUGCAGGAGCUGCUUGCAAAGUUUUCCUUGGAACGGGGAAACUAUUAGUAGCACACCCCCUGCUGGACACCAGGACCACAUCAUUUUCUGGAUUGGAGUGCCGAGAGAUAUGAUCUUGAGGGAGGCUUUGAUUAAUGCUGCCUGAGGAGUUUGCUGUUUACUGCUCUGCACUCUACUGCUUUUCCUUACCCCUUGGUGAGGAUCUGCGAGGAUCACCAGAUCUGAAGUACUGUACAGCAGCACAGUGAUUUAGGAGUGAGGCUGUGUGUGCGUGCGUGCGUGUGUGCGUGUGUGUGUGGGUGUGUUUGUGCGAGACUGUGUGUGUCUGUUUGUGUGUUUGUGAGUGUGUGUGCGUGCAUAAAAGUUAAAGAGGACCAGAGUUUAUGAACAGGUGCCAAAGAGAGUUUUAAACGGCCAAUUGCGAGAAGGAAGCUGCCUUCAUGGAUGGAUCAACUGCUCCAACCCCACCCCGCCCCACCCCAACACACACACACACACACUGAACUAAGCAUGCACAACUAACUGCAACAUUCCCCCGACCCCACCCCACCCCAUGCCCCUUGCAGACAAGACACAACAUACAGAGAGGCCUCAGUACCAUUGCCCCCGCUGGACUGCCACGGCCCACCCUGAUGUCAUCCAUUUAUGCAUGUGGAGAAGUGUGAUGCUUGCUGUAGCCGCCACUUCACUGUCAGUGACUGCUACUGCUGCUGCUGGUGCUGGUGGUGCUGCAUACUCAGCGGUUUGCCUUUGCUGUAGAUGGAGACAGGGAACCCCAUUGAGGCUUGGUUUGACAGGCAUACAUGCAUUAUUUAUUUGAAUUAAUGUUCCUCACUUCUGUGAAAAAAGUUGUUGUUUUUUUCCUCCGACCCAUUUUUUUAUAUAUGAAUUAAUGUGUGAGGAUGUGUAUUCACUGUUUAUAAGAAACAUACUGUAUUCACCAGCUAAGUUAGUUCACCCCUUUAGAAACAUUUUUUUUACUUCAUUUUUACACAUUUGUUUAACCAAGUCGUUAUGUAUUGUAACCAUGACCAAAAUGUAGGCAAAUUAUGUAGAGAGCACCUUUUUUGUGAUUUAUAUAAGGGGUUGAGUUGAACUGAUGGACGGUAUUUAUUCCUGACAAAAGAUUGUUGUGGAGCUUGCGUGGGCUUUUCUGGUGUGACCAUGGGACUGUUCCUGGUUCCACAGUGUGAGCAGCGAUCAAGGCACUAGGGACCUGCAGGGGUGCGUUUCUCGAAAGCAUAGUUGUUAGCCAGUUAGCUACUCUGUUGUUUGCAAUGCAAUUUCUCAUUGACAACUACCAAAGUAGCUAGCGUAGUUGGCAACUAUGGCUUUGAGAAAUGCACCCCAGGUUUGAUGUUGAAGUUUUGUAUUGUCAAACCUGUAUACGUUUUAAUGGUAUUGAGGACGUUGACGAUGGAUAGACGUGAAGAAGGGGUGGAGAGAGAGAGGGACGGAUGGAUGGAUGGAUGGAUGAGGGGAUAGAUCAGCAAGGAGGAGAAAAGAGCAGCUGGGUGGGUAAUGGAGCAAACGGAGAAGGAAUUGGGUAAGAUGAGUUUAACAGCAGAGAGGAGUUUUGGGCUCAAAAGGUUUUAUUGAGGACUUGAAAAUAGUUGUGAUACUGUACAUACCGUUAAGAUAUGACUGAUGCAAGUGUAUGUUACACAGCUUACAGUAUGCAAGUGCGCACACAGACACACAGACACACAGACACACACACACACACACACACACACACACACACACACACAUACACAUACACAUACACAUACACAUACACAUACACAUACACAUACACAUACACAUACACAUACACAUACACACACACACACACACACACACACACGGUGCAUGUAAUGUCCUUGGGCAGUCCCUUCGGUCACACCAGUUGGUUAGCAAAAUGCUGAAGGGGGCACAUCUUGAAUCUGUUUUUGUGUGUGUGAGUGUGUUUGGGUGCAUGGGUGCGUGUGUGUAUGGGAGUGAGUGCAUUUGUGUGUAACUUCACCAGCCUAGAUUUACCUUCUCUAAAUUCUUGAGGUGUGGUUGUACAAUAGUGAACCAGGGGGGCGGGGGAGACAUCUUAGUUUUUGGUAUGCUGUUUAAGAGCUGAAGAGCUUCUUCUUCUGAACCAGGUAGUAUUUUAUAUAUAGUGAUAUUUUGUGUUCGUUCACCAUUAUGUUUGUUCAUAUAUUUUUUUCUUUCUGGAAUUGAUUGUAAUUAUUCCUUGUUUUGUUCUUUUUUGGAGAGGGUUGCUGUUGUUAAAAUUUCAGGCUCACAAUCUGGACCAAAGAGAAAGAGCUGUCUAGCUAUAAGCUUCUCUGAAUGUCACACACACACACACACACACACACACACACACACACACACACACACACACACACACACACACACACACACACACACACACACACACACACACACACACACACACACACACACACACACACACACACACACUUCAGGAACAUGUAAAAUGAGUGACUCGUACAGAGACACUCAUGAACACAACACGCAUCAGAAACAUAAAAGACAUGCGCACACACACACACACACACACAUACACACACACACGCGAUUACCCAACAGGUCUGUGGUUGUUUGCCUUCCGCUGUCUGGUCACCUGUAUAGCGGAAACCAUUGAUUGCUCUUCUCUUGAAUACAUGCCACCAAACCACCACAGCCAAAAAACAAACCAGGUCAGCGCCUAGUCAUGGGGCAAGCGGAUCGCGCAUUACUGUAAUCUGGUCUGGGUCUGGCAGGCAACCCAUUGUGACACUUCUUCUCCUUGAAGUCUCUGGUGGUUUUCUUGAAUUCAUAUGUCUUUCUUUCUUUCUUUGCAUUUUUUAUGCUUAUGAGCGUUUUAUUUUUUGUUUUUUUGAGGAGUCUGUAGUCCACAGGGACCCUCCUCAGAGGCUUUCUGUGCUGAAGUCAGCAAACUUUAAACUUCACACCCCCCAUUCCCUCUCUUGCCACCACCAACUUUUUUUAGUUUUUUUUUGCUGGCCAUGGCCUGGGCAGCUGCUCUUGUUAAGGACACGACUUCCAAAAACCAGUACUGUAUUUUAGCAAUAUCAGCUGCCUGAGGCUCUUAGAUAAAUGCAUGCCUGUUGCCAGAGUAACUGUGUCUCACCCCGAGGCCUUCAGUUCAGCCUCAUUUCCAUGCCAGGAAGCAACCAACGGCAGAGAAGCUGUGCAGCAUGCAUGCCCAGCGAUCCAUAUUCUAUGCAUAGUGAAAUUGGUGGGGCAUUUGCACCGCAGACAUGUAUACAGCAAAUGUCUAUGAUUUGUACCCAUCGCCAAAAACCCUGUGACAUUCCCGCCAAAUACCCCAACCCGAGCUAUCCCAGCAGUCACUGCUCUGCGUGCCACUGUAUCUCUCUGGUUCUUCCAUACCGCUACCUCUCACCAUGCCCCUCAUGCACCCCACCCCAUGUCUCACGACAACUAACGCAAAAUCAUCACACAGUGAAACUGUUGUGCUGUAUUAUUUGGUUAGAGAGAGACACAUUUUGUCAUUAUUUGUUUAAGUUAAGUGCUUCACCUAGAAAAUAAUGUAACCGUGCUAUGCAUUGCCAAACUAUCCACAAGUGAGAGAAUAUUUGCAUGAGGAAGUAUUUUAUUUUUACCCAUUGUUUACACAAGAGGGUUCAUUCUAACUCGUAGACUAGAUGAUGACCCAGAACACUAGUCACUGAGAAAGUGGACCUUGUCGACUGAUUCAGGUGACCUGGGUUAUUUAUUGCCAACAUUUACUACUCGCUUGACCCUUUUUUUGUUUCUUCAAGCCAUUUGCUUUUUCUUCACAAUACUUUGCUUCACAUCAUUCAGAACCAGCCAGGGCUGAGGUUAUGUCCUCAAUUCCAUCAUUUUUUUUCUGUUUCUGUUUUGUUUCUGUACCUCUCACAUGCACCUAUUUGCUUCCAAACCUAGCAAAAAAAAAAUCGAAAUGAAAAAAUAAAUGAGCAAAAUUACGUUAGCUGUACAUAUAAAUGUAUUUAUAGAUAAAGGUGCCUUUUUAUGACAAUCAAGCCUUUGUAUCCCCUUCUUUGUAAAAGUUAUUUUUCCUUACUUUAUUCCUUCCCAGAAUAUAGGGGACCCAGACGAUGCUUUUCUUGUACAGAUAUAAUUAGCAUGAGCGUUACUUAGCCGUUAGCGAUCGCUCCUACCGCCUGUCUAUUAUCUCCAAAUGGUAACCAACUCAGGGGUGGUGUGUUCGAGCAUGGCCUACAGUACAUGCGCAUCGCCACACCCAGUUUCCUGUGUUUAAAAACCAGACAGGGUUUGGUUAGUAUUUCAGGCACCCAUGCAGCACCAAUAUAAAUAUAUAUAAAUAUGAAUAUAUAUCUAUAUACGAAAUGAAUAUGCAAGAAUUAUACUGUGUAUUUGGGCUUUGAUUUUAUUCUAUGAGAGGGUUUUUAAUGAUGUAUACUUCAUUAAAAAUGAGGUACGUUUUUGUUUUUUUUCUUUCUUUUUUUUAAUUGUUAUUGGUUUCUUUUUUCUAAUAAAUGGAAAAAGGUCA